CACAGUCUACCUCCCACGUGAGAAAAAUACAAAUUCAGACUUCAAUAAUGCCUGGAACAAAGCAGGACAAAAGGCCAAACCAUCUAUCCAUGAACUGGAAAAAUAACAUUCCAUGGCUAUAUAUGUGUACACAAAUGAAAAGCCCAAUAUCUACCUGGACUUCAACAGACAAGUUAGAGAUGGUAGAUCUAAUUAUGGGACAACAUCAUUCCAGUACCAUUCCCUGCACUUCUAUCUAACUGAGGCCAUUCAAAUGCUCAAACGAAGUCAAACAACAUGUAGGACCACCUACCGUAGAACCAACGUGUAUUUUGAUCAGGAGGUUGUCAACAAAAAUAUCCGUUUUGGCACCUUCACCUCGAGCACUCUAGUUAAGGAAAUAGGCAGAGAUUCAUUUGGAGCGACGUCCUGCUUUGAGAUCUCCACAUGUCUUGGAGCUGACAUAUCAUAUUACUCUGUAUUUACUGGAGAGAGAGAAGUCUUAAUUCCUCCCUAUGAGGUAUUUACAGUGACCAACAUCCAGACGAAGUCACAAGAGAAUAACUUGUGGUGUGAAGUUGUCUACACACUAGUGAACACUGGAGUUCAGAGUGACUUGAAUUGCAAGUUGCAAAAUGGUUCAAAAUCAAACAUGAGAAGCAGCUUUUCUGCAUUCAACCGCACAUCAGGAAAAGGCUACAUAACGCUCUAUAUUAUGUUGAUAAUUACUGUAUAUCACUGA